AUGGCCUCUAAAUCUCUUUUAAUUAUUAUAUUCAUAACAUUUCUAUUGUUUUUCUCUGGUUCCAUCUCUGCCAAAAUCGAAUGCCAUGGAAAUUGUAAUUUAGAUUUUGAUAAUUGUUAUAACUCUUAUCAACAAAAUCCAUCUAAUUCUUUAUUCGAAUGCAUAGGUCAAUGGAAUAGAUGUACGAAUAAAUGUGGAGAUAUUUAA